AUGUCUGCGCAACCUCAUAGUUUCUACCCUCCUCCUCCCAGUGCCGCUUCCUCACAGCAGCAGACACCAGGCCAGCAGCGCAUCUACUCGCCGCCUCCCGCCGCUGCAUCCCCGGCCCAGCAGCAAUACAACCCGCCUCCCACAUCACCACCAACGACACAAUACGCACCACCACCCACAACCUCACCACCAACACAGCAGCAGUACGCACCACCGCCAACCUCCUCGCCGCCUAUCAAGCAGUAUCCUGCGCCUCCCUCAGCGACUCCCAGCGGCCAGGCUCAAUUUUAUCCUCCGCCGCCAUCCUCGACCGGUCCCAGCAAGCAAUAUGCUCCUCCACCACAGCAGACGCCGUCCCCUCACUACCCGCCGCCACCAUCCAGCCCUCCCUCGCAUGAGCAGCAACAGCAGCAACAGCAGGCGCCGCCUCAAUAUGCCAACCUCGCCAUGAGGCCUGGCGCUGGCCAGCAGUACCAUCACUCGCCUCACAACUCCCAGCAGUACGCAGAACCCCCACCUCCCGCCUUCUCCAACCCCAGCGCCGCCUACCCACCUGAAAAGGCCGACGCCCACCUGCUGCGACAGCCUCAGCCUCAGCAGCCACAGUUUGCUGCUCCUCCCACCUAUCCGACGCCGGAUGCCGCGUAUCCCGCCGAGAAGACGGCCGCGGCCACCGCGGCCCCGCAGUACCAGCAGCAGCAGGUUGGCAACCGCCCGGUGAGCCAGCUCUCCAACCAGACGGCCGCGUCGGCCUCCGCAUCGGCCGGCCCGUCAGCCUCGGCCUUUGUCGGUGCCGUCGCAACCACCGACGACGUCGGCACCUUCAACGGCGGCAGCUACCGCAUCAGCCACCGCGACUGCAACACCAUCCUGACCAUCCAGCUCGCCAUGGGGUGCCCCCUCGGCGCCAAGCCUGGCGCCAUGAUCGCCAUGUCCCCGACCAUGACCCUCCGCGGCGAGUUCAAGUUCAGCGUCAAGAAGAUGAUUGCCGGCGCCGAGCUCGGCCACUCCCACUACAUCGGCCCCGGUGAGCUGCUGCUCGCGCCACCCAUGCUCGGCGACAUCACCACCAUCCGCCUCGACGGCACCGCCCAGUGGACUUGUGGCCACGACGCGUACCUCGCGUCCACCCAAGGCGUCCACAAGGACCACAAGCGCCAGGGCCUCGGCAAGGCCAUGUUCAGCGGCGAGGGCCUGUUCGUUUACAAGAUGAGCGGCACCGGCAUCCUCUGGGUCUCCAGCUUUGGCGCCAUCAUCCGCAAAGAUCUUGCGGACGGCGAAAAAUACAUCAUCGACAACGGUCACCUGGUAGCCUGGAACACAAAGUACAUCUUGGAGCGAGUCGCCUCUGGAGGCAUCAUCUCCAAUCUCGCCUCGGCGGAGGGCCUCGUGUGUAAAUUUACGGGUCCAGGCACCGUGUACAUGCAAACGCGAAACGGACGCGCAUUUGCUGCCUUUAUGGGCGGGCAAUCGUACUCCGGCGUCUAG